AUGCCGGCAUAUCGCCACUCGCCCACGCCGACGAUGCCCACGGCGGCCAUCACCGCCAGAGCCGGCAGCCUGGCCCCUUUGACCACAACCUUUACCCCUGAUGCUGCCUGCGCGACGCCACUCCUGUAUGCGUGUACUCUAACGUUCGGUCUCGACUCUCAGCCAUCCGCUGUGUGCAUGGCCUCCGUGAACGAAGAAAGCCACUGCACCCAGUCGCUCUCGUGCUACCCCGAAAUGGGUGACAUCCUCGACUCGUACACGUACUCCCCCGCGAACAUCUGCCCGGUGGGCUUCUCGACGGCUGGAUAUCGCAAGGGAUGGGCCGCCGCGCCGCCCGGCGUGGUCUGCUGUCCGACAGGUUACAAAUGGAAUGGGGUUCCUGGUGGGGGAUAUGUGAGCUGCGUAAGGAGCCAGAUGACCGAGGGCACACUGGCUGUGAUUGUGGGCGACACGACGGACAGGUACACGACCUGCACGCCAAAGCUGACAACCAUGACUUUUGGUCCGAACUCGACCGCUUCAAUCGAGUACAUUACCCUUUUCGAGACGGAGACAGCGUACGGGUUCCUGCAAGUGAGUUUCAGGGCCGAUGGGAUUCUGCUCCAGGGCCAUACGCUCACGGGCUCUUUUACAAACCUGCUUUCCACCACGGUCAGUACUAGCAAAACUUCCAGCUCAACAGAUGGCGUCGACUUUGGGGGGAUCCCGCUAGGUGGUGGUGGCGACAGCGCGAGUGCUUCGGUCAGUGGAGGGUUCUCCUCGUCCUCUUCGUCUUCCUCGUCCCCCCCGUCGGAUCCGGGCGACGACUCCAGCAACAGGCUCGGCAUUGGCAUAUCUGUGCCUAUAGUGUUCAUUAUCCUCGCGACAUUCAUCGCCUGUCUUGUCCGGCGAGCGAAAACAAAACAGAAAAUGUUGCAACGAGCGGGUCGUGGUGAGCAUGGUGCUCCCGUCGUCUUAGGAGAAGACGGAAGCAUGCUACCUGCGGCCAACGGCGGCAAGGCUGAGCUGCAAGCCGGUUCCAGCUCCGCUGUUUUCCCCUCCGGACCCGGCCAGGGUACUAGAGUAGUGGCAAAGGAGAAGCCGGAAAUGGACGAAGAUGCGGCACUUCGAGAGCUGGACGGCCAACAGCCACGUGCCGCACCAGAGCUGGACAGCAGUGGCUUGUCGCCAUGUCAUGAAAGCAGUGCCAAUCUUCCGAACCAGCCCGACCCCGUGGCCAUGGUCGGGGCGAGCUCGCUCGCCGGGGACGCUCAGCAUGUUCAUCAGUAUCAGCCACCACAAAGCCUAGAACUUGGUGGCGAUGCGCGUUCAGAACUGUACGGAAAUGAUGGCUGGUAUUUGCAAGAUCAGCAGCAGCAGGGCCCCUACGAAGUUUCGGGGCCAGACAACGACACCCAGCAGCAAGCUCAGCUGAACAGGGAGUUGUAUCUCCGGCAGCAGAUAGAGGCCAUCCGCGCGCAGGAACAGCAACUCACACAAGAACUUGAGGGACUGCGCAAGUGA